UUCCUACAUGUUCUUGCAAGUCCCACCUUCUCUAGCCCUAAUUUCAAUACCAAAUACGCUUUUAAGCAAAUUCCUUUUUCUCUUUUGGGCUUUUUCAGUUAUUUUGGAUUUGUGGUGCAGUUGAAGGAAUAGAUACUUGUAUGCAUCAGUGGUAUGGUGGUGUAAUUAGGAGGCAACAACACUUGAUUAGGUGUUUGGUAGGCGAUUACCAUCGCGGCAGCAGCGACCCCUUUCUUUUGGUGAGUAAGUGCACAAGGAUGCAAUCUGCGACGAGUGGUGGGAGCCCCACUUCGGAAGUUGAUGCUCUCAGUAUUUUGAGGUCAAUUUGUCCUACCGUUGGUGCAGAUAAGCAUAAAGGCCAAGCUGGAAAGAUAGCUGUUAUAGGUGGUUGCCGUGAAUAUACUGGUGCACCAUACUUCUCUGCUAUUUCGGCCCUCAAAAUUGGUGCAGAUUUAUCACAUGUGUUCUGUACCAAAGAUGCUGCUCCAGUUAUAAAAAGCUACAGUCCUGAGUUGAUUGUGCAUCCUUUGCUUGAAGAAUCAUACAGUGUCAGGGACGAGGACAUAACAUCAAGUUUAAACAAGGUUCUUACUGAAGUUGACAAGUGGAUGGAAAGAUUUGAUUGUCUUGUCAUUGGUCCGGGGCUUGGAAGAGAUCCCUUCCUUCUGGAUUGUGUAACUGAUAUUAUGAAGAAUGCACGGCAAAACAACAUUCCGAUGGUCAUUGAUGGGGAUGGACUAUUUCUCGUCACAAACUGUCUUGAUCUGAUCAGCGGCUAUCCUUUAGCUGUUCUGACUCCUAAUGUAAAUGAAUAUAAGCGCCUUGUUCAAAAAGUAUUGAACUGUGAAGUAAAUGAUCAAGAUGGAGCUCAACAAUUACUAUCUCUUUCCAGAAGUAUUGGCGGUGUAACUAUUCUUCGUAAAGGACGAUCUGAUUAUAUUAGUGAUGGCAAAGAAGGUUAUAAAGUGAGUUUGGCUGUUGUAAAACUGCGCAAAGAGUUUCUGGAGUGCAUCGAUAUGAUCCUUUGUGAAAGGUUUCUCAUUUUUAAUGUUGUAUAUACUGCGGAUAAACAACUUAUUGGUGUGCCAGGAAUGAGAAACAUAAAUGUAUUUAUGGUGUGGUCCACAUUCUUACUUGAUCUUUUGCAAUUAGGACCUACAGAAGUCCGAUUUUAUUCCUUUGUUUUGCUGAGCAGUGUUGCAGUAUUCUUUGCUUGGGCUCGGCAGCUUGUUGGUAAUGGGGAGGCCGACAUCAACCCAACAAUGGUGGCUUGCAUUGCAGGAUCUGCCUUGUUGAGGAAGGCAGCAUCACUUGCUUUCGAGGAUAAGAAGAGAUCAACCCUCACCACCGAUAUAAUAGAACACCUAGGAAGAAGUUUGGAGGACAUAUCUCCGGUUCGCUAAGCUCCGUAUAUGCUUCACAAGUCUCAUGUUUCCCGUCGUCGUUUUUUGUUCGCAAGAGUGAACAAUGUUUACAUCCCGAGUUCGAAGAAUACUUUAUUGUUUUCUCAGUAGAUCAUCUUGUUCUUUAGAUUGGAAUAAAUGCACCAGUUCAGAAGUAUGUUCGUUUUUUGCUUUCUUUUGGAAUGGCAAGAACCGGAAAAUCCGUUUUG